AUGAUCUCGGAGAUUCUCGAGCUGCCUGAGGAGCCAAAGCUGCGGCCUGCACAUAUUGUGAGGUACGAAUGUAAAAUGUGGGGUCAAUAUCCAGCUCUGCUCGAUAGUCCGGGCUCGGUGGUUGAAGGCACAGCGUAUCAUGUUCGUGCUACGCAGGAUGCAGAGAGGCUUGCUGCGUAUGGGACGGGAAACUAUCGUGCUGAGGAUUGUCUUAUCAGAUAUACAGAUGGCAAGGAGCCGUCUGAGGAUCUUGGCUACACAUUUAAGUUUGAUGGGGACCCCCGCGAGCUGAGCGAGGGCGAGGUUGACCUGAAGGUCUGGUUGAGACGGAUGGGGAGACAUGCUGCGGCGGAUAAGUUGGACGCUGCUAAAUGCGGGAAAUAG